AUGGAAUCGAAAUUAAGAGCUAUAAGUAACAAUGUCAACAAUAACGAUACAGUUGUUGAAUUCGGUUCAAAAAUUCAUGAUUUACAAGAGCCAAAACAGAUAUCAACACCUGAAUAUUUAUGUCAGAAGAAAGUUCCGGUGUUGUUCACCACCAAUCGUGGUAUUCAUCUACGAAAAUUCAAUAAAAGUUCAAUGAACGACGAAUACAUGAUGUCGUUCUGCGAUCUAGAACGUUGGAACUUUCGAAAUCACGUCGAAUCGAUAGGAUUAACACCACCUAGUACAUCAGACCGUUCGGCUGUUAAAUCAAUUAAAAUUGUGCAAGCGAAGGAUGGAAGUGGGAUAGAAAAACGACAAGAACACGGAUGA